AUGACAUUCCGCGACGUGCUGUCGCGCCGCUCCCCAAAUUGGCGCGACGCGCUCGCUACCUGGAAGUGCCCCACGCCCGCAGACAACAGCGAUGGCGCUUGCGACCCCUGCGGCCGCAAAGCCGACGGCAACUUCUUCCACAUGCACUGCCGCGGCAACAGCGUGGGCUGGGGCGAGAGCGGGGACGGCACCGUGAAUGGCAACGUGACCAACAUGCACAUCACGGACGUGAACAUUGACGGCCCUGUGCCGCGGGAGCUGUGCAUGUUCCACAACCUGCGGGAGUUUGACCUGGAUGGGGGCCACCUCACGGGCCCUAUACCCAUCUGGGUCAAGGACUGCUUCCCCAAGCUGGAGGAGUUUGACCUGUCAUACAACAGGGCGAGCCGCGCCCCCUCCUGA